AUGUGGAUGCACGGGCAACGGAAAAUUGCCUGCUUCACCUACAUCAAGACAUCAAGCCAUGAAGAGCGUUUAGGUUUGCGGGCCACUCAAAACCGGCGCCUCAAACUCGCCUUCGGCAUCGACAACUCGCUGACGACAGACUCCCUCCCCGUCCAUUUAGCCUUUCUCAAGCGGGCCAGACAGCUGCUACGCCGGGACCGCGACUGGACCGAGCUGUUUCGGGUGGCGGAGGGGUUUCUUGUGAGUGAGCGGGAUAAUGCUAUUACGUUGGCUGCCAACGACGGCGGCGGCCGCACGUCUCGGUUGAAGCUGGCUCAGCUCGUCCGCUGUAUGGUUCUUUCGGUGGUGCUCUUCGACAGCUUUGGUGUUGAUCCCGCCAGAACGCCUCGAGAUGUGUUGGUUACCAUCACCGAGGAGAUCAACAGACAAUGGUUGAGCUCCAAGCAGCGACCGUCUGAAGUCACCCCGUCGGCGGAACUAAACAAGACCAUCGCGGACCUGCGCAUCAAAUCCCCGUUUCCUGAUUCCAAAGGGGCUCUGCUGUCGCCGGAAGAGGUCCUCGGGCUACUGAUGCCACAGUACGAGACCCUGUGGCGCGUGGUGCUCCUGACCUUCGUAUCGGCAUACUAUCACCAGCUACAAACUGUCAAUGACACGCUCCAGCGAACGGCCAGUGUACCGGGUUGUCUGGGGAAUACAAGCGAAGAAAAGGAAGCACUCAAACUCGCCAAGGAAGGCCUCCGCCUCUUCCCCUCAAACAAACACCUCUACCGCACCCUCCCCACCCGCCACACCCUGUUCCCCCCAACCACUAUCUCAGCCGACAUCACAACCCUCCACCGCCACCCCAUAAUCUGGGGCAUCGACUCCGCUCUCUUCCGUCCCUCCCGCUUCGACGACCUCCCCCACCCCCCUCCGGGCCCUCCUCCUCAACCCACCAACAACCGUACCAAGCAGAGACGAGCCUCAGCAUCAUCAUCCGCACUCACCCCGCUUCAACGCAACGCUUAUAUCCCCUUCUCUAUCGACCCACACAAAUGCCCCGCCGCCUCCAACGCUUUCGGCGAGCGCAUGGUCGUGACGCUGGUUGUUGCGCUGGGCAGGGCGUUAGGGGACUUUCGCGGGCAGGGGUGGGUCGCCGUUCGUCCACCGGCCGCAGCAGCAGCGGCAGCGCGUCCAGUUGGGAAUCAAAACGGUGCGGGUGCUUCUGAGUCGGCGGCCCGGGCGGGUUUGGACUCUUGGGGGUUGCAGCCGGAUCAGGAGCAGUUGGAUGCGAGGGAUAAUAGUGAGAGAAUGGGCGUGGCGUGGGGGUUGUUGGGGAUGGUGGCGCCGGAGUGGGUGUUUGGGAGGAAUAUUAGGAGGGUUUGGGCGCUGCCGACGGGGAGGGAUGAGAUGGAGGAGUGGGUUUGGGAGGUGAAGAGGGGGAGGUAG